UCUGCAGAUGGUCCCAGCAAACCGACCUACAGUAAAGUCAUGGAGACCAAGUUUGAUGACAUGCUGGAUGGUGACCUUGAGAACCUUCCUCCAUUACCACGGUCAAUUGUCAAGAUAUUUGUCAGCUCAACGUUUUCAGAUAUGAAUGUGGAACGUAAUGCGCUGCUGAGUGAGGUGGUUCCCCAACUCAAGGAGUUUUGUGCUGGUCUGGACCUUGACUUCCAGCUCGUCGACCUGAGGUGGGGACUCACAGAGGACGUCCAGAAUGACCACUCGGCCAAAAAACUCUGUCUUCUCGAAAUAGAGAACUGUCAAAAUGUGUCUCUCGGACCAAACUUCAUCAGCAUCCUAAGUCACCGGUAUGGAGGUCAAGCCUUGCCCAGUGGAAUCGCUGUUCCAGAGUUUGAGAACUUGAGAGAUGAAGCCAAACAGUUGAAAUUAGAUCAUGUUCAGCUGCUAGACAAGUGGUACCUGGUAGAUAAAAACUGUAUUCCACACCAGUAUGUUCUACAGCCAAUCAGAAGACAUUUUAAGCAUUUUGGAGACCAGUCUAGUGGCUGUGAUCAGAAGCGAUCACAGGACACUGCUGAUUGGAGGAAAACUCAGACCGCCUUACAGAGUGUGCUGUGCCAGGCUGCGGAGUCACUCCACACUGCUAACAAGAUGUCAGCAGCUGAGAAACACAAGUACUUUCAGUCUGUAACUGAGAGUGAGAUUGAGAAGGCUGUUUUCUGUGUAAAGAAUCCCAAGAGCCAUGUGUUGUUCUAUCACCGGAGACUGCAGGGCCUUUCUGGUGCUGCCUUGACUGAGGAGAAAGCCAACAAGUACAUUGCAGUACUAAACACAAAUGGACAGAUGACCAUUGACCAGAAAUUAGCAGACUUCAUUGAAAACUGUUUGAAAAGAGCCAAAAAGAUAUUAGGUGAUGACAACUACCAGACGUUGACAACUGACUGGAAAUCAGGAGGAAUCGACCCUAAGAAUUAUCCCGAGCACACUCUGUACAUUCAACAGCUGGUCCAGACCGUUGUAUCUCAAGUAACAUCUCUCAUAAAUAAAGCUAGGUCGGACAAGAAGGCACGUAUCCGAGAGAGCGAAUAUUACAGCACGUUUGAUGAAAUAUUGCACCACUUGAGGUUUUGCAAUUUAAAAUGUAAGAGGUUUUGUGGACAGACUGAAAUUCUGAAGCACGCGAAAGAUUUCAUUCUGAACACUGGGGUUAGGAAACCGCUGAUAAUCCAUGCAGAUUCUGGGGCUGGCAAGACUUCAGUAAUGGCAAUGAUAAUGAAGAAUCUCUCCUCGUGGAUUAAGGGUGAGUUUGUCAGUGUGAUCCGAUUCCUUGGUACAUCACCGGGGUCUGUGAACAUUCACAAUGUCCUGUUUGGUGUCUGUGGCCAGUUGGCCGAUUGCAGUGAUCUGAUCAUGGAGCCAGUGGGCUACAAGAAUAUGGAGAGCCUGGUGAACUAUCUGCCGAGAUUUCUUCGACAAGUUGCCAGCACUCUGAAGAAACCAGUCAUUAUUCUACUAGACUCCAUUGACCAGCUGUCCUCGGACAAUGAUGCCUAUUCCAUGUGGUGGAUGCCAACUACUCUUCCUGCAAAUGUAAAACUUAUCAUUUCGACCCUGCCAACCGAAAACGGUAUCCUUGCUAACAUCAAGAAAAAAUUGCCAGCUACAAAUAAUGCUUCUUUCAUAGAAAUCCCUCCUCUGCCUCAGUCUACAGGUAAGGAGAUCAUUGAAGUAUUUCUGAAGACAAAGAAACGUACAGUAACCAAACAACAAAUGGAUCUGUUGCUGACAACCUUUGCCAAGUGUGCUAACCCACUGUACCUGAAACUGUUACUGGAUGAAGCAGUGCAGUGGGGUUCCUAUUCACCAGUCGAAGAUCUGAUGCAAACUCUGGCCCCAUCAGUCAGGGCAGCAAUAAAUAUUUUGUUUGAUAGGCUGGAGAAGAAGUUUGGUCAGGUUCUCAUCAAGGGAGCACUUGGCUACAUCACCAUUGGUCUGAAUGGCAUUUCUGAGAUUGAGCUAGAAGAUGCUCUGUCUUGUGAUGACACGGUGUUGGAUGAUGUGUAUGCAUUCCACGAUCCUCCAAUACCAGAAAUCGUGAGAGUUCCAUCUGUUCUAUGGGCUCGAAUUAGGUACGAUAUUGGCGAGUACCUAGUUGAAAGGCUAUCAGAAGGAAAGAUCACUCUUUUCUGGUAUCACAGACAGUUCGUUGAAACAGCAAGAGAUCGUUACGCCCAUGGCAAGAGUAAACUGUCCUUACACAAGACCAUGUUUGAAAUCUACCUGGCAGAGUCCGGAGUUAAAAAGGAUAUUUCCCUCUCCAAGAGAAAGAAAGUAAUACCUGACGCAGACAGACAGGUCACCUCUCAGCCACUUUCCACUGAAAACCUGAGGAAGCUGAAAUGUCUAACCUACCAUUUGAUACAGGCAUCCACUUCCAUUGACAGCAACACUGCAAAGAAGCAUGUUUUCUGCAACCUCAGAUUUCUUUGCACCAAAAUAUCUGCUUUAUCAGCAAAUGCUGUAGUCAAAGAUAUGGAAGAAUAUUUGGAAAACAUGCCCGAUGAAGAGAUAUCUGUGGUAAAAACCUUUUUACAGCACAACAAAAAUAAUCUGAAAAACCGUCUUACUUUGGCAAGCAAUUUGUUAGGAUACAUCAAUCCCAGAUCUGACCAGAAAUACCUCGUGGAUUUGCUGCAGAGUGCAAAAUCAUUUCUGCAGAGCCAGAAUAGAUCCAUUCUGAUUCCAACAUUUGCAUGUCUUGCAUCUGUUCCUAGAGUACACAAACCUGCUACUAUCAAGGGAUUUUCAUCUGUUGUGUCAACAGCAGACAAUAAGUUUCUACUGCACAGUGCAGCAGUGGAUGCACUGGACAGAGAUGGUCAUCAGAAACUUGCAAAUGGUGCACAGAAAACCGAAAAGUUUGCAUUAUAUGACUUGGAAACUCGCACCAUUCAAUGGAAGUCUUCUGAAUUCAGCCCUUUUCUUACCUUGUUGUUUGACCUGCAGUUGAGUAAGGACUCUGUCGACGAUAUCUACAGAACUCUACUAGAAGGAUCACUGUUAUCUCACGCUGUUAAUGCUGCCAAGACAUGUGCAUGUGUUCUCUUCAAUGAUGGAAACCUGUUCCUGCUGAAAGUUAACUCGGAGAGGUCUAAAGGAUUUCAGUGCCUGUCACACAUCAUAAAAAGUUCUGACUACACUGUAUCUGAUAUCCACUGUAUUGGUGAUGACAACAGCAUCACGGUGAUAGCAGUUUGUCAGCAAAGCAUCGAGCAAGAAAGUAACGGUCAUGUUCUGAUUUGGAAGUCACAGCCAGACGCAACAUUUCACAAAAGAUCCUCUGCCGAUCGUAGUGUACUGUCGCAGUACACAAUCAAAGGCAUUUUUUCCAUUUUUGAAACUGAGCCCCAGAUUCCUGUGGCAAAACUGGCCCUGGAAGAAAAAAUUAACAAAGGGAUGUCCUUUCAGUGUGGACAAAACAUGUUUGUCUGUGUGGGUGCUGGUGGUACCAUAGAAGUGAUUGAUACUGAUGUUUGUGAGGUACUGAGAUCGUGGUACGUUGAAAGGAUUCAGAAUGUAUGCAGUUUCGCCUCGGGGACAUUGAUACUGGUGCUUGGGGAUGGGAAAAUUACAUUAUUUGACAUUACUGACGAAUCUGUUCUUCAAACAAUAUUAGUGACACAUGAGAUCACUGCUAUUGACGUUUUGUGGGAACAAAAGAUUGCUCUUGCAGGCGACGCCAAUGGCAUUAUUUCAUCAUUCAAUUUGAACACUGGACAAGUGAUGUCAUCUUUUCCUGCAUCCUCUUUUAAUGUGACCAACAUCCAUGUCGUUGACAACUAUGUUGCAAUUACCUCUCAUAUGCACAUAAUAAGCAUACUAACAGAGGAAUUUAUUCUUGACACAUCAGGAAUGAAAUCGGGAAAGGGCAUGAAUGAUAGAAGCAUUGUCUAUGAUUUCUGCCUUGCACCAAAUGGUCAUGAGAUUAUCACAUCCACCUAUGGAUCGUUGAAAGUUUGUUCAUUUGGUGGAACCUGCACCAGAGAUAUCCCAUCUGAUGGAAGGCUCAACAAACUGUACACCGGAAUCAAUGGGAUGGUGUUAGGACUUGAUUCAAUGACUGGAUGCCUGAGUUUAUUCAACACUAACACAGGAGAGACCAUUCUGAGUGAUGCUUUACCAUCAGACAUCAUUGCCCUGACACUGACCGAUGACAAGACCACUGCUUAUGCAGUCUCCAGCACAACUACUCAAGUUCUUUACCGGAUAGACUUAAAAGCCUUAAAGGUCAGUAAAUUGUUUGCUUUUCAAAAACAGAUCAACUCCGAAAGUCUGUCCGUCACCCUGUCCGCAUCCAACCGAUACCUUGUGAUACAGGCACGUUGCACGGAAAAAGACUACGAGGCUGUGAUAGCGCUGUGGAAGAAAGGAGGAAGAUACCCAGAGCAGCCCCAUCCUCACAAGUACGUGGCCGUCGAUCUCACACAGAGUUCAGGAUCUCUGUUCAACUGCUUCAGGCCUCUGACAAAGAUCCCCCAUCUAGGCAUCACGUGUGCACCGUACCGCGGUAACGUCGUUAUGAUGACGGUAAAACGGUACGUCAUUUUCUGGGACAUUCCGACGGGGAAGUGUGACCAGUGGAUGUCGAAGAGCAAGAAGCUGGUGAUGUUGUACCGACCCGACUGGACGGGAGGCGACAGAUGCACCGGGGUGAACACCUGCUUGUCUCAGUCCAGGGACAAGACGUUCAUUGCUGUUGGGUCUGAAGAUGGCUACCUCUUCAUUUACAAUUCAGAAAGUGGAUUGCCAGUGGGUAUGAAGGCACCAUCAACAAAGCAUCCUUCAAUGGUAACACAAGUUUCUGUGUCUGCCAACAACAGAUCUGUUGCAUCAGCUUGUCACAGCGGGAUCCUCAAGUUGUGGGAGGCCAAAACAGCUGCUGAAGUGUUCUCUAUUCAGCUGGACUCCAACAUCAGGACGAUGGAGUUCACACCAGAUUCUCAACACCUGGUUGUCUGCACCGCUGCGCCAGACUCCAGACUAAUGGUUUUUUCUGUACACUUCGGUGAAGUCGACUCCUAAGUCUAAACGUCUGAGAGAUAUUUCACUGCACUGCUUUGUCCGACUCCAAACUAGUGAUGUUUUCUGUACACUUCGAUGGAGUUGACUUCUAAGCCCUAAAUCUAAACCUCUAAGAGAUAUUUCUAUUUCACUGCACUGCCAUGUCAAGAGUCCAGACUAAUGUGUUAUUUUCUGUACACUUCGAUGGAGGCGACUCCUAAGUCUAAACCUCUAAGAGAUAUUUGUAUUUCACUGCACUGCUGUGUCAGACUCAAGACUAGUGAUGUUUCCUGUACACUUCGAUUGGGUAUACUCCUAAGUCUAUACCUCUAAGAGAUAUAAAGUGUAUUUCACUGCACUGCUAUGUCAAGAGUCCAUACUUGUGAUGUGUUCUGUACACGUUGAUGGAGUCGACUCCUAUGUCUCUACCUCUAAGAGAUACUUGUAAUUCACUGCACCACUGUGUCUGACACCAGACUAUAUUUGUUUCUGUACCCUUCAAUGGAUCAACUCUUAAAUGUAAAUCUCUAAGAAAUAUUUGUAUUUCCCUGUUCAUCGCGGGAUCCUCAUUUAGUAGCAAGAGGAGCCCGUGGUCAUGUUUGUCUGGGACUUGAACAAUCAUAAAUGGUGCAGUUAAUCCUUUUGAUUAUAGAAUACCAAAUAUCAGCAUGAACGAAAUCUGGAUUUUUUAUAUAUAUAUUUUUUUUUUGGGGGGGGGGGGGGCACAACAUCUACUUUGGGAUCACAGCCUCAAGUGUGGUGGUGGUGGUGGCACAAGCCAUAUUUUUGUACCUUUAUUUAUAUAGAGUAGGACAUAAAAACGUACAGUCUCGUCCUCGAGUGGGGUGUCACAGGCCCUCCUGGUCCCUCGGUUCCUACGGGCCUGAUACAGUAAUCUUACCAUACAACAUGCCACUGUUAUUCCAUUGAUACUAUAUCUUAUUGUUUUAAUAUACUAAUAUUAUCCUAUGAACAUGUCGCUAUGCCAUGUUAUCUAGUUUACACGUCACAUCCCAUACUAUACCGGACUGAUACAAAUAGCACCAUACAUAUAUACUAACGGAAAACAUUCCAGUGCAUAUAUUGUUAUUUGUUAACAGUAAUGAAUUUGAAUAUCGCCAUUUUGACUGUCAUGUGAUCACUGCUAGCUUGAAAUGGCCAGUUGUCGCCUCGUGCGACGUAAAAAAAACCCCAAACGCUUUGCAAACAUACAAUUUAAAUCACAUGCGACAAAGUUGUGAAGGACCGGAUCCAUGAAUUUCUUUCUUGCGUGUGGUAGGGUGUGUGGUGGUGGUGGAGAACUAAGAAAACAAAAAACAAACAGGGCACAUAGCCUCGACAAUGAAGAAUUAAAAAAAAACCCACACCUACAAAACGAAGCACUUUAAUAUAUUUAGGUGGGACAUGUCCCCUCAAAGCUGUGCAUAUGUAACUCGAGACCACGCAGUGACGUAAAAUCAAUGUCUCACAGCAGAUGACCCACUAAAGGCGGAUUCGCAUGGAUUCCUCUUUAUCAAAUACAAGCGUCAACAAGCUUCUCCUUUCCGUAUUAAACCGCCUCUACAAAGGUGCACCAAGGACUGCGUCCUCCUAGAUACAGUAAACAGUUUUGAAAGCUAUUUUGCAAACAUUUUCAGCUGUUAGUGUUUGUUAACAAUAAAUAUUGUUAAUUUAUUUUUUGAUUCAUAUCUACAUAGCUUUAAUUCAUUAAAUGAAUAAAUUUAGAAUUUUUUUUGCGGAGGAGGGAUCUUUAUGCCAUUUAAUAGGUCAACCACCGUGCGACCUUGACUUUGUCCAUUACGUCGAUAUGCCAAUAUGCCGAGGGUAAGAUAAAUGUCUUUUUUUUGUAAUAAUUGUUUAUACACACACACACACACACACACAUAUAUACACAUAUACAUAUACAUAUACAUAUAUACACAUAUACAUAUACAUAUACAUAUAUACACAUAUACAUGUACAUGUAUAUAAUGAGAAUAUAUCUGUAUUCUUAUUGGUCUAAAACCAGUCACAUGACCGUCCGUAAAUGGUGGUAUUCCCCCUGAGACGGUCUCACCGGUCCAUCAAAAGUGAUAUUGCCCUGGGAGAUUUAACCAAUGAAAAUGAAGAUGAGACAAAAUUCUAUCCAAUUAAUGAGUAGGUAACGUAAUGCAACGUUAUUAUUGACGUCACGGUCAAUAAUUGAAUGUACGAGUCUUAUGGAUGACAUUAUGUAAUAAAACAAUUGUUGACCGCAUUUCGGGCAAUAUCAUGUUUUAUGGACCGAAGAAAUAUAUACUUGUGAAAAAAAGUUCCUGUGCAUCAAAUAAAAUAGUCUCAAACGAACUGUAAAGUUUGUAAACGGUUGAAAUUUGUGCAAAUCAUCCCGUAAUAUUUACCAACCUUGUAUUCAAAAACGUUAAAUAUAUACCUUGUUCAAAACAUGCACAGAAACCUUUUUCCGUAAGUAUAAUGUUGUUUAAUUUAAAUGUAUUUUUUAUAUCGAUUAUACACAUUGCUUUUGUAAAAUAUAUAUAGUUUACAACAGUAAAUCUCAGGGAAAAUUACUAUUGUCUGUUUUGUCUUAUAAUGGUGCACAUUAAAUAAAUGAUUUUUAAAAAAUUA